AUGGUUUCAUGGGGCACCGAUGGCUCCAAGCUGAACGUCAACACAGGCACCGUUGAGUAUGGCUUAUUCGAACCGAGCAGCAGGUGGCGUUCCCUAGAGCAGGGUGUCAAACUGAAGCUCGAUGGCGUUGAGAAGAGAUACUUCUAUUUUUCGGCCAACACAAUCGGCACGUCUGUUGCUACGAACGGAGGGCUACUGGAGGUACAAGCUUUCAGAUCUAUGGGAAGACAAAGACAGGCUCCUCGCCCUGGCGAAUAUCGUGACCAAGUCGACUACGGCAUCACCCUGAAGGAGCUGAACCUUAUUCCUUGGUCUGAACGUCACGCAAGCACCGAUCUUCUCUUCCGCGGUGGCGAGUCCGACAUAUCAGGCGAGGUUGAAUCAACUACCAGCGACAAGGAUAGGCCACCAGAACCGGAUAUUGUCCAGUCGCAGACUGCCAUUGUCCCAUGCCUCGGACGGAAUCUUGGUGGCAUACAUGAAUUCUACAGUAAACGGCGGAGGGUUUUGGCCGCUCGUGAGAUGGCUCACGAUGCUCAUCAAUGGGUUGAUCCCAACACCGCCAGCCACGAACAGGAUGUUCUGCACGCUGGCAAGUUCGAUGCGAGGCGGUGGCCAGACGAAGGCUCCUCCGACACGAACUUGGAGUGUCCUUCCGAGUACCUGCGCGGUAGGCUGGAAGAGCCAGGCCACCGGUGGAUUUGUCGGGGAUCGUUGGAUGGCGAGCUCAACGUAGGGUACUGGCGAGUAGGCAAGAUGCGGUGGAGAUGUGAUGGUGAAGCCGCCUGCUUUAGGUAUGCCUGGGACGAAGGUAUCAAGCCAUUGGCCUGGGAGAAACUGGAAUUGCGUGUCAACUUCACACGAAAACGAGCCCAGCGCGGUGUUGCACAUAGCGCGGUGUUGGGCAAGGUCGACGAACUGUCAUAG